AGCUGUUAAGCUCCACCGAACAUGAUAAUGGAGGUAUCCUCGGGUCUGUACCAACCCCGCCAGCCACUUGGGAACCCACUGCCCAUGCAGAUGUGAAGCGCCAGGCUCACCCCGACGUCCGGAGAAAAUACUAUUCCCAGGGAGAAGGCAUUGAAGUGAUGGGCGGAACUUAUGGGAGGAAUUGGCACCAACUCAAGAGGUGAUUCAGGGUCCAUUUAGAAGGCGUGAAGGCCUAGCUUCAGCAAGGGCAUGGCCAAAGCUUUCUUCAGGUUACAGAAGUUUCUUCGGCGGACCCAAUUUUUGCUUUUUUUCCUCACAGCAGCCUACCUGAUGGCUGGCAGCCUUCUGCUACUUCAGCGGUCUCGCUUGGUUAUCCAGCAAGGUUCACGUGGGACCUCUACUAAUCAGGCGCUGCCUGUUUCGGAUGUGAUGGUAGGGGUUGGCAUAGGGGUGGACAUGAGGACGAUGCAGAACCCCCGCCCGAGCGCCAGGCUCCUGGUGGGCAUGGACGUGCUCCCAGAGUCGGCUCUGGAGCAGAGGCACAGCCCUCAGUGGCUCAUGUCCCGCAACUCUGAGCUCAGGCAGCUGCGCCGAAGGUGGUUCCACAGGUUCGUCGAGGAGCAGCCCGCAAAGAUGAAAGGAUCUAAAGUGAUGGAGCGUGUGGCUGAAAGCAAAGGAACUUACAUGGGCUGCUUCAGCGACGACUCCAGGGAGAGGACAUUGAAGGGAGCCGUGUUUUAUGACUUAAGAAAAAUGACAGUCUCUCACUGUCAGGAAGCCUGUGCUGAGAGGGCGUACGCCUACGCUGGGUUAGAGUACGGAGCAGAGUGCUACUGCGGAAACAGGCUGCCGAGUACGGCCUGCAAGCCCGAGGAGUGCAACAGCGAGUGCCGAGGGGAGAAGGGCUCCAUGUGCGGCGGCGUGAACCGGCUUUCUGUCUACAGGGUGGAGGAGUUGCGCGCCGCAGCAAAGCCACGGAGGAACGUUAUCUAUCGAGGAUGUUUUAGAGCUCCAGAAAAUUUAACAGACACCUUUCCAGCCUCUUUGAUACAGCCCAAUUUGACGGUGGAGAUGUGCUCUGAAUUUUGCUCCAAGAAAGAGUUCCCGCUGGCAGUGAUCCGAGGCGUCGAGUGCUACUGUGGCUACCCCACGCGGCACUUCACGCUGCACGAGGGCGCGGAGGGGCCGCGCUGCCUGCAGCGGCACGAUGGCAGCGGAGCGGGCGCCGCAGCAGCCAGCACCCACUGCCUGGUCUACCAGACGCCCGUGCAAGACACCCGCUGCACAGACAGGAAGUUCUUAACCACAAAAUCCAAGGUGUUCGUUGCUUUGUCUAGCUUUCCCGGGGCUGGAAACACCUGGGCUCGUCACUUAAUAGAACAUGCCACGGGAUACUACACGGGCAGCUACUACUUCGACGGCACCCUAUACAACAAAGGUUUUAAAGGAGAAAAGGACCACUGGAGAAGCAGAAGGACCAUCUGUGUGAAAACACAUGAAAGUGGUAAGACAGACAUUGAGAUGUUUGACUCUGCCAUCUUGCUGAUACGGAACCCGUACAAGUCGCUGAUGGCAGAAUUCAACAGAAAAUACGCUGGGCACCUGGGCUAUGCAACGGACAGGAACUGGAAGAGCAAAGAAUGGCCCGAUUUUGUGAAUAGCUAUGCCUCGUGGUGGGCAUCCCAUGUCCUGGACUGGCUUAAGUAUGGGAAACGCCUGCUUGUCAUCCACUAUGAGGACCUAAAGCAAAGCCUCAUCCCUACGCUGAAGGAGAUGGUGGCGUUCCUAAACAUGACAGUGACAGAAGACCGGCUGCUUUGCGUGGAAAACAAUCGGGAUGGGAACUUCAAGCGCUCGGGCACUAAGCAGAAGGGCUUUGAGCCAUUCACCCCAGAGAUGAAGGAUCUGAUCAACAGCUAUAUCCUGACUGUGGAUGAGGCCCUGAGGAAAAGGAAUUUCACCGGGCUGCCCAGAGAGUACGUGCCGAGAUGAUAGCCUUAAAAGCACACAGCUGCACUUGAGAAUUGAAAGACAGUAAUAGGGAGGUGAGAGCUUUGGAGCAGCGCACAGACACUGACAAAGCUGCGGAGGCUCCCUGGGUGCCGUGCUGAGGAGCUGCAUGUGGCAACACUCCUGGCACUGUCCCCCACACCCGGGCCAGGCGUGCAACACCUCGACACUCAUAAAUGCUCCUCAUAAACACUCCUCACCCAGCUUCUAAUACGACAAGCUGCUCUUUCUUAGCUGGCCACUGUGGCGAGGGCCAGGAGGGAGCGGGAAGUCCUGUGGGGAGGUAGGGCACCGAGGGGCAGUUUUGUGUGCGCUCUGAGGGGUGGCUUUGCGUGCGCCCCCACAGGCCGUGGCGCCUGGCUGAGGUGACCUGGGAGCACCCGAGC